GCUUUCAUUAUAGUUGAGGAGGUGCGGUGGUGGUGGUGGUGCCUACUGACCUGCAAUGCCGCAACAGCCGCCACCCCCCAUAUGAAUCUCAUAAUUUAUUCUCUUCCUUUCCACACAAACACCAAACUUUCUAUAUAGCAUCCCCUCCCCUCAAGCCUCAACACUCUUGCCGGCCAGUUGCCACCGUUUCUCUUCUUCUUCUUCUUCUUCCUCUUCUCCUUCCCCUGCUGUGCUCAGGGGAUCAGAGGAGAAGAGAAUGGAGUUCAAAGCAGCCAUCUUUGCGGCCGCCGUAGCAGCCGUCCUCCUAUCGUCGUCGUCUCCGGCACUGGCUCAGAAGAAGAGUCCGCCGGCGCCGGCGCCAGUGUCACUUCCCCCGAGCCUGGCGCCCGCGCCGGCGCCGGCGCCGCACUACGUGGACCUCGCCGAGCUCCUCAGCGUGGCCGGCCCGUUCAGCACCUUCCUCAACUACCUGGAGAAGACGAACGUCAUCGAGACGUUCCAGAGCCAGGCGAACAAGACCAAGGAGGGCGUCACCAUCUUCGUCCCCAAGAACUCGGCGUUCGCCGCCAUCAAGCAGUCCACCUUCUCCAACCUCACCGGCGACCAGCUCAAGACGCUGCUGCUGUACCACGCGUUCCCCGAGUUCUACUCCCUCGCCGAGUUCAAGAACCUCAGCGAGCUCAACCCGGUGAACACCUUCGCCGGCGCGCCCUACACGCUCAACCUCACCGACGACAUGGGCAGCAUCUACGUCCAGUCCAUGUGGUCCAAGCCCAAGAUCUCCAGCAGCGUGUACGCCACCAAGCCGGUGGCGGUGUACGCGCUCAACAAGGUGCUCCUGCCCAUGCAGAUCUUCAGCAAGGACCCGCCGCUCGCGCCGGCGCCCGCUCCGGCGCCGGUGUCCGGGGCGUCCGACCUUGCCCCCAGCCCGGCGUCCGGCAAAGCAGGCGCCGGGAGCGGCAAGGCGGACUCAACGAGCGCCGCGUACACCGUCGGCGCCGGCGUCGUCAAUGGCUUGGUGCUCGCAGCCGCAGCGAGCUUGAUGCUCCUGUGGUGAUCAGAGAGAGAGCGAGAGAGAGAGUUCUUGGGAGUCAAUUUGCAACAGCACAUUGUUCAUGCUUGAUCCACACUUAAUUUUAUUUUGAAUUGAUUUAAAAGAGCCAUUCUUUUGGACAUAGUAGGCAUGUUUUUUAGGAUUGAAUUGCAGUACUUUACAUCAUAUUAUGAUCAUAAUUCAUAAUUACUCAUCUGUUGAUGGAUGAAUGAAUAUGAAAAAAAGGGGGGGUUUCUCUUACCA